AUGGACCUCUCAGAGAUUGGCGAGGCCGCGGCCUAUCUCAGAAGAAGGGAGGCUGAGCUGCUUCUGCUCCAGGCCACGGCCUUCGAUGGGAAGAAGAAAUGCUGGAUUCAUGAUGGGAAGAACACUUAUGUUGAGGCUGAGAUUAGAGGGGGUGGAGAUGAUGGCAGAAUAAUUGUUGAGACAACAGAUGGAAAGAGUCUGAGUGUCAAGGAGGGCGAAAUCCAGCAGAUGAAUCCCCCAGAGUUUGAAAUGAUUAAAGACAUGGCACUGACUCACCUCAAUGAAACAUCUGUGCUGCAUGCCCUGAAGAGGCGCUAUAAUCAUUGGAUGAUCUAUAUAUAUUCGGGUCUCUCCUGUGUGAGCCUCAAAAGUGGCUUCCAGUAACACAGAGCAGUGGCAGCCAUCUACAAAGGGAAGAGGCGGUCAGAGGCUCCCCCUCACAUCUUCGCUGUGGCCAAUAAUGCCUUUCAGGAUAUGCUUCACAAUCGAAAGAAUCAGUCUGUACUCUUCACAGGAGAAUCUGGUGCUGGAAAGACUGUGAACACCAAACAUAUUAUCCAGUACUUUGCCACCAUAGCAACCACGGGUGAAUCCAGAGAAAAGCCAGGGACUCUACAAAAUCAAAUCAAAUGAGUGAAUCCUGUCUUGGAAGCAUUUGGAAAUGCCAAAACCUUGAGAAAUGACAACUCCUCUCGCUUUGGCAAGUUCAUCGGGAUGCACUUUUGUGCCAGAGGCAAGCUGUCAUCUGCAGACAUCGACAUCUAUUUGCUUGAAAAAUCCCGGGUUGUUUUCCAGCAGCCUGGAGAGAGGAACUACCAUAUAUUCUAUCAAAUUCUGUCUGGGAAAAAAGAACUUCAUGAUAUGCUCCUUGUGUCUGAAAAUCCCUCUGACUUUCACUUUUGCUCUCAUGGAGCAGUUGCUCUGGAGAGCUUGGAUGAUGCUGAAGAAUUGCUGGCCACAGAUCAAGCCAUGGACAUUUUGGGCUUUCUUCCUGAUGAGAAGUACGGAUCCUAUAAGCUCACUGGAGCCAUCCUGUACUUCGGAAACAUGAAAUUUAAACAGAAGCCCAGAGAAGAGCAAGUAGAAGCAGAUGGCACAGAAAAUGCUGACAAAGCUACUUUCCUCAUGGGCGUUAACUCCUCUGAGCUGGUGAAGGGCUUGAUCCAUCCUAGAGUCAAAGUUGGUAAUGAAUAUGUUACUAGAGGUUUGGAGACUGCCCAGCUGAAAGUCACUCCUACUUGGAGUCUAUCAGAAACCUGCUACUACAGCAGUGCCUUUGCAUCACGGCAACAGGAUCUGCAUCUGUACAGCAGCAUCAGGAAGGUGAUCUCCAUAUGUUACUCAUUUGCCAUCUUGAAGCUAAUCUUCAUUGACAUUCUUGACAUCACUGGUUUUGAGAUGCUUAAUUAUAACAGCCUUGAAGAAAUUUGCAUUAAUUUUACCAUUGAAAAUUUACAACAGUUCUUCAGUCAACACAUGCUUGUUUUGGAGCAAGAGGAAAAUAGGAGAGAAGGCAUUGACUGGGUGUCCAUUGAGUUUGGCCUGGACUUGCAAGCCUGAGAAGAUCUCAUUGAGAAGCCAAUGGGCAUCUUUUCCAUCCUUGAAGAGGAAUGUAUGUUUCAUCAGGCUACAGAUGUGACUUUCAAGACCAAACUUUCUGACAACCAUUUUGGAAAGCCAGUUCAUUUCCAGAAGCCCAAGCCUGACAAUAAGAAGAAAUAUGAAGCUCACUUUGAACUUGUCCAUUGUGCAGGAGUGGUGCCUUAUAACAUCAGUGGCUGGCUUGAAAAGAACAAAGACUUUCUUAAUGAAACAGUGGUGGCUAUAUUUCAGAAGUCGUCCAACAGACUCCUGGCAAAACUCUUUGAAAAUUACAUCAGUACCAACACUGCUCUACCGUUUGGGGAGAAGAAAGGCAAGAAAGGAGCUUCAUUCCAAAUGGCUGCAUCUCUGCAUAAAGAAAACCUAAAUAAGUUGAUGACUAACCUGAAAUCAAAAGCACAUUUUGUGAGAUGCAUAAAUCCCAAUGUGAAAAAAAUGUCAGGUGUAAUGGAUGCUUAUUUGGUUCUACAGCAUCUGCACUGUAAUGGUGUCUUGGAAGGGAUCAGGAUAUGCAGUGAAGGUUUUCCAAACUGACUGCUGUAUGCUGAUUUUAAACAAAGGUACUACAUUCGGAACCAAAGGGCCUUUCCAAAGAGCAAGUUUGUGAGCAGCAGAAAAGCAGCUGAAGAAUUACUUGGCUCCUUGGAGAUAGACCAUACACAGUACCACUUUGGAAUCACUAAGGUGUUUUUAAAAGCCGUCUUGGGCCAACUGAAAGCAAUGAGAGAUGAGAGACUAUCUAAAGUCUUUACAUUGUUCCAAGCCAGAGUACGGGGAAAACUGAUGCAAAUCAAAUUCCAGAGGAUUCUGGGAGAGAGGGAUGCACUUCUUUUGAUCCAGUGGAAUGUAAGAGCUUUCAUGGCUGUGAAGGGCUGGCCAUGGAUGAGGCUCUUUUUCAAGAUCAAGCCUCUUGUUAGAUCUGCUGGAAUGGGAAAGGAGGUAGCUGGACUGAAGGAAGAGUGUGUGCAGCUGCAAAAAGCCUUGGCAAAAUCAGAAUCUCAGAGGGAGGAGCUGAAAGCCAAGUAAGUCUCCCUACUCCAGGAAAAGAAUGACUUGCUUUUUCAGCUGCAGGCUGUGACUGAGACCCUGGCAAAUGCUGAAGAGCAGUGCGAGUCACUGAUUAAAUCCGAGAUCCAGCUGGAGGCCAGCGUCCAGGCGCUGUCUGUGGCGGCGGGGCUGGGGGAGGAAGAAGAGGAGGUAAAUUCCCAGCUGACUGCCAGGGGGCGGAGACUCGAAGAUGAAUGUUCCGCGUCGAAGAAGGAAGAAAUCGAUGACUUGGAAACACUAUUGGCGAAGUCACAGAAGAAGCGUGCUUCAGAGUACAAGGUUAAGCAUCUGACUGAGGAGGUGGAGUCUCUCAGUGAGGAUGUCAGCAAACUUCAGCGAGCAGCCAAGGUUGCUCAGGAGACCCACCAGCAGACCCUGGAGGACCUGCACGUGGAAGAGGAGAAAACCCUCACCCUGAGCAAAACCAAGCUGACACUAGAGCAGCCAGCGAACGAGCUUGAGGGUGCCCUUGAGCAGGAGAGCAAAGCGAGAAUGAACUGUGAAAAGGAAAGCAAACUGGAGGGUGAGGUAAAGCUGAACCAGGAAAGCAUGGAGGACCUGGAGAGCAGGCAGCUGCAGCUAGCAGAAAAGCUGAGGAGGAAAGAAUUAGAAAUGAAUCAGAUGAGUUCAAAGGUGGAGAAAGAGAAAGGCCUGGUGGCUCAGCUUCAGAAGAUGGUUAAAGAGCUCCAGACUCAGAUACAGGUUUUGAAAGACGAACUGGAAACUUAAAGGACCACUCGAGCCAAGGUAGAAAGGGAGAGAACUGACCUCAGAGAGCUGGAAGAUCUGAAUGAGGGGCUGGAGGAGACAGGAGGGGCCAGUUUGGCUCAGCUGGAAAUAACUAAGAAACAAGAAACAAAAUUCCAGAAGCUCUGCCGAUACAUGGAAGAGUCCACACUGCACUUUGAGGCAACCUCUGUCUCUUUGAAAAAGAGGCACAGAGACAGCCUGGCUGAGCUGGAGAGCCAGGUAGAAAAUCUACAACAGGUCGGGCAGACACUGGAAAAAGACAAGAGUGACCUGCAGCUCAAAGUGAAUGAUGUCCUGACCCAUGUUGAGCAGAUGACCAGAGCUAAGGGUAACGCUGAGAAGCUCUGUAGUCUGUAUGAGGAGCACUUGAAUGAAGCAAAUGCAAAACUAGAUGAAGUGACUCAGUUGGCAGAUGAUCUGACAGCACAGAAAACAACGCUAUGGAGUGAAAACGGUGAGUUCCUAAAAAGGCUAGAAGAAAAGGAAGCUCUGAUAAACCAACUUUCCAGGGAAAAGAUUACCUUCACUCUGCAGAUUCAAGACCUGAAAUGGCAAUUGGCAGAAGAGACCAAAUCACAGAGCGCCCUGGCCCAGGCCGUGAAGUCGGCCAAGCGUGACUGUGACCUUCUAUGAGAGCAGUACCAGGAAGAGCAAGAGGCCAAGGCUGAGCUGCUCCAGGCCCUGUUCAAAGACAAUGCUGAAAUGGUGAAGUGGAGAACCAAGUAUGAAGACGACACCAUCCGGAGCACUGAGAACCUGGAGGAUGCCAAGAAGAAGCUGGCAAUUCGGUCGCAGGAGGCUGCCGAAGCCAUGGGGGUGGCCCAUGCCAGAAGGGCCUCCCUGGAGAGGGCCAGGCUCCGACCUCAGCUCGAGCUCGGGGACACCCUGUCACAUCGUGGGAAGGCGCGCCGCGUGGCCACUGCGCUGGACCGGCUGCAGCAGCACUUCGACCAGUGCCUGGACAGCUGGAGGCGGGAGCACGAGUAGCCUCAGACGAUGCCAGGCACCCCGCAGGAGGCCCGGGCCCUCAGCGCCCAGCUCCUCGAGCUCAGGCACACCUACGAGGAGAGCGCCGCGAGCCAGCAGACCCUCCGGAGGGAGAACAAGAACCUGAAGGAAGAGAUUUCUAAUCUGAAAAAUCAGAUGAAAGAAGGAAAGAAGAACUUAAGUGAAAUGGAAAAGGUCAAGAAGUAGAUUGAACAAGAAAAGACUGAAGUCCAAACGGCAUCAGAAGAGGCCGAGGGAGCUCUGGAACGCAACGAAAGCAAGAUUCUUCGUCUGCAGCUUGAACUCUCAGAAACUAAAGCGGAAAUUGAAAGAAAGCUUUCAGAGAAAGAUGAAGAAAUAGAAAAAUGUAGGAGGAAGCAGCAGUGUGCUAUUGACUCCCUGCUGUCGAGUCUGGAUUCUGAAGCUCGGAGCAGAAUUGAGGCCACUGGGCUGAAGAGGAGCAUGGAAGGGGACCUCACUGAGACGGAACUCCAGCUCAGCUGUGUCAACUGGCAGGUGUCAGAGGCAACCAAAUCCCUGGGCCAGCUUCAGAUCCAGAUCAAGGACCUUUGGGCGCAGCUGGAUGACAGCACACGCCUGAACAGUGAGCUGAAGCAGCAGUUGGCGGUGGCCGAGCUGCGCAAUGCUCUUCUCCAGGCUGAAAUCGAGGAGCUGAGGGCCUCGCAUGAGCUGACAGAACGCGGGAGCAGGCUGGCGGAGGAAGAGCUCCUGAAAGCCACAGGAAAAAAAAUCAAUCUUUUCCACGCCCAGAACACGAGUCUCCUCAGCCAGAAGAAGAAACUGGAGGUUGAUGUUGCCAGGAUGCAGAAGGAAGCUGAAGAGGCGAUGCAAGGGUGUCAAAGUGCAGAAGAGAAGGCCAAGAAGGCAGCCACCCACCGAGCAAACAUGUCAGAAGAACUGAAGAAGGGGCAAGAUACCAAUGCCCACUUGGAGAGGAUGAGAAAGAACAUGGAGCAGAGAGACUUACAGGAGAGGCUGGAUGAUGCUGAGCAGACUGCCAUGAUAGGGAAUAGAAAGCAAAGCCAGAAACUCGAAUCCAGGGUCCGUGAACUGGAUGGUGAACUGGAAAGCGAAGUCUGACGCAUCGCGGAGGCCCAGAGGGGACCCCGCAGGUUUGGGCGAUGCAUCAAAGAGCUGACCCACCAGGCAGAGGAAGAUAAGAAAAAUAUGAGCAGGAUGCAGACUCUGAUGGAAAUCCAGCUAAACGUACAAAGUUAUAAGCAGGAAAUUGAGGCAGUGGAAGCAGAAGCUAGUCAAUACCUUUCCAAGUAUAAGAAGCAGCAACAUAAGUUGAUUGAAGCUAAGGAAAGGGCAGAGAUAGCCGAAUCUCAAGUUAAUAAGCUCAAGAUUAAAGCAAAAGAGUUUGGGGAAAAGGAGGAGAGCCUGAAAUUCCUUCAACUGUCAGAAACCAAAGGAAAAGGUUUUCUGAUAGAACUGUGCAUCAGGUCUGUGGAGCAAAUUGGUGAUGUGGCUAGUCUCUCCCUCAUGGGGUCUUCUAUAGAGGGCGCUGCCUUCACUGGCAAUGCAAGGCGAGCAGAAAAUUGA